AUGAAGGCUCUGAUUCUCGUCGGGGGAUACGGAACGCGGCUUCGGCCGCUGACUCUAACCAGGCCGAAACCAAUUGUCGAAUUCUGUAACAAACCGAUGAUGCUCCAUCAGAUCGAAGCUUUAGUGAAGGCCGGCGUGGACCAUGUAAUUUUGGCGGUUAGUUACCGCGGCGAAAUGAUGGAAGAGGAGAUGAAAAAGGAAGAAAUAAGUCUGGGCAUAAAGAUUGACGUUUCCUUCGAGGAGAAGCCUCUCGGCACAGCUGGCCCCCUGGCACUGGCCCGAAAGUUUCUCACGCAGACCAACGAGCCAUUUUUUGUAUUGAACUCCGAUGUUGUCUGCGACUAUCCGUUCAAACAGAUCAUCGAGUUUCACCGGCGUCAUGGAGGCGAAGGAACGAUCGUGGUGACAAAGGUCGAAGAACCUUCGAAGUAUGGCGUUGUGGUGUUCGAUCAGGUUGGUCGAGUCGACGCCUUCGUCGAAAAGCCGAUCGAAUACGUUGGCAACAAAAUUAACGCAGGCAUCUAUCUUCUCAACAAUUCGGUGCUCGACAGGAUAGAAUUGAAACCGACGUCCAUCGAAAAGGAAGUAUUUCCGCAAAUGGCUGCUGACCAAAAACUGUUCGCUUUCGUCUUGGAAGGGUUCUGGAUGGACGUCGGACAACCAAAAGACUUCAUCGUUGGCAGCAAACUUUAUCUGGAGCACCUUCGCAAAAAGAUUCCUGAUCACCUGGCUGAAGGGCCCAUGUUUCACGGAAACGUAUUGGUGGACCCAACUGCUAAAAUAGGCAAGUGUUGUCGAAUCGGGCCGAAUGUUGUUAUCGGUUCAAAUGUCAGAAUCGAAGACGGUGUCUGUCUCAAAGAUACCACUGUAUUGCCACAUACCGUUAUUCAUUCGCAUUCGUGGAUCGUGAAUUCGAUUAUUGGAUGGCAUUGUGAAAUUGGCAGCUGGACUAGAAUGGAGAACAUUUGCGUGUUAGGGGAAGACAUUAUUGUUAAGGACGAGGUCUAUCUAAACGGUGCCAAAAUUCUCCCACACAAAGGGAUAUCUGAAAAUGUGCCUGAACCUAGUAUCAUUUUGUAA